AUGGCCAUGAGUGAACUGGGCACACAGAAGGCUGGUGAAGGCACGGUGUCCCGCCUGCUCAAUGUGGUGGAAAGUGAGCUUCAGGCAGGGAGGGAGAAGGGAGAUCCUACGGAGAAGCAACUUCAGAUCAUCCUGGAGGAUGCCCCACUCUGGCAGAGAUUCAAGGAAGUUACUAAUGAAAUGAUCGUGACCAAGAAUGGCAGACGGAUGUUCCCUGUCCUGAAGAUUAGUGUUACAGGACUGGACCCCAAUGCCAUGUACUCCCUCCUGCUGGACUUUGUCCCGACCGACAGUCACCGCUGGAAGUAUGUCAAUGGGGAAUGGGUGCCCGCAGGCAAGCCCGAGGUCUCUAGCCACAGCUGUGUCUACAUUCACCCGGACUCCCCCAACUUCGGGGCGCACUGGAUGAAAGCUCCCAUCUCCUUCAGCAAAGUGAAGCUGACCAACAAGCUCAAUGGAGGUGGGCAGAUAAUGCUGAAUUCUCUGCAUAAAUAUGAGCCCCAGGUUCACAUAGUGCGUGUUGGAGGCGCCCAUCGAAUGGUCAUGAACUGCUCCUUCCCUGAAACCCAGUUCAUUGCUGUGACUGCCUAUCAGAAUGAGGAGAUAACAGCUCUCAAAAUCAAGUACAACCCGUUCGCCAAGGCCUUCUUGGAUGCCAAGGAAAGAAACCACCUAAAGGACAUUCCAGAGGCUGUCUCUGAGAGCCAGCAUGUGACCUAUUCACCCUUGGGAGGCUGGAUCUUUUCUAAUCCGGAUGGCAUGUGCACAGCAGGAAACACCAAUUACCAGUAUGCUACGCCGUUGCCUCUGCCUGCUCCCCACACCCACCAUGGCUGUGAGCACUACCCUGGCCUCCGAGGACAUCGGCAGGCUCCCUACCCUUCUGCGUACGUGCAUAGAAACCAUUCUCCCUCAGUGAACUUGAUAGAAAGCUCAAGCAAUAAUCUACAAGUUUUCUCGGGACCUGACAGCUGGACGUCCUUAUCCUCUACACCUCACGCCAGCAUCCUGUCCGUACCCCACACCAAUGGGCCAAUCAAUCCAGGGUCCAGUCCCUAUCCAUGCCUGUGGACCAUCAGCAAUGGAGGUGGGGGUCCUGCCGCAGCAAGCGCAGAGGUGCAUGCCGGUGCGCCAGGAACAUUCCUCCUUGGGAACCCUGCCGUCACCUCCCCUUCCUCCGUGCUACCCACCCAAGCAACCACGUCCACCGCCGGUGUGGAGGCCCUCGGUGAACCUUCCCUCACCAGCAUUGCUGUAUCCACCUGGACAGCGGUGGCCUCCCAUCCCUUCCCAGGCUGGGGUGGCCCAGGGGGAGGUGGACGCCAUUCCCCCUCUUCCUUGGAUAGUUAGGCAGGCUCCUAGGAGUCUCUGUCAGCAGAGAACUGUCUGUGUGUGGGUCCAUAGCAAUCGCACCUGCUGAUUCCAGCGAGUUGGGCGGCUUCACCCAGAAGGCUGGAGGGCUGCAUGGUGAUGCCAGAGACCUUCUAGAAAGUGACUUAGUUUGGCUGGUGCAGAUUUUACUUUUACUUGUGUGCCCACCAUUUCCCGUGGCUCUCCUGCUUUCCCCAAGCUUACCCCCACCAUGCUUAGGUUGUGAGGUCGGCUUUGUCCGUGUGCCCUGCCCCCUGCUUCCUUUUCUCUGGAGCUGCUGCAGGGUUGUGAGGAAAGCUCAAACAUUGACCGCGUGAGGCUGCUGCUUCUCGGCUUUGUUUGUGCAGCCUCGAAAAGCAUGUGUGGCCGUCAGAUCUGAGCUGGCUUCUGCUUCGAGACCUUGAGAUGGGAGUCUAUAAGGUUAACGACAGUAAGCUAAUGUUAAAGUCCAUUCCGGGUUGUUCGUAGGAGUGUGUUUGGAAUUGAGGAAAUGAGGUUGACUCCCUCACUGGCUCAUAAGAAGUGGCUCCCCAUUUCCUACAGAACGAGACUUCUGAACGAGACUUCAGGUGAUGUCAUAGUCUAAGGCCAGCCUCUACCACUGGGCCUUCCUCUGCAUCUCCAGCUCUGUGCGUUAACCUUUUAGCACCAGUCAAGCAGAUGCUUUCCUCUUCUGAACACUGCUGCACAUGCCCUUCUCCGUGUCUCUGCCUGUGCCUGAAGUAUCUCUCCAGUCCUGCCUGUGUGAAUUGUACCUACUGGCCAGGACAGCUUGAAAAACCACUUCGGUGUUCAUCGCCUUGGGUGAUGUUCAUCUUUCUCUAUGCCCUGCUUCCUGCCCCCCCCCCCCAUCCUUACCUCAGGCACAGAGCUCCCCUCGCUCUGCCUUGUGUUUCUGUGUAUCUGUCUCCCUUGUCGACUCUAAACCUCUUGAGGGUGGGACCCAGCCUUCCUGUCAUUGUGCCCAUAGCCUUGACUGUGCCUUGACUACCAUAGGUGCCCAAUAAACAUUUGCUGAGUUGAA